AUGCUCGAGGCGAAGCUUGAGGUGGUACUUGCCGACGGGAGACCACAGUCUUUUGCUCUCCGCCAGGGGAGGAAUGUAGUCGGGAAGGAAGGAGGGCCAGGGGAUGUGCUGAUACGAUCCUCCUCGCUCUCAAGGCGGCAUGCCAUGGUCACGAUCGGAUCGACCAUGGAGGAAUGCACCAUAGAAGAUCUAGGUAGCACCAACGGGACCGUCAUGACCAACGACCAUGGCGCUGUUGUGAGCUUGGAGGCGGGAAGGAUCUACAGACUUGGCGAGAUGAACGAGUUUGUGUUCGGUGACGUGGAUGCCACUCUGACGAUCAGUGGGGUCGAGGACGCGAACCAGACGAUGGAGAGCAACGUUGACGUCCUCAUAGUCAAGACCCCGGCCCCGGGGGGUCAACCCUCGUCGUCGAUGAGCAAGGAGGUCUACUUCCAUGCCAAGAACGACAUCGGUAUGUCGAUGCCCUACGACAAAGACCUUCUGUGGAUCGCUGAAGCCUCGCUGCACAUGCCCCUCCCCGAGGGGUGGGAGGAGGUGACGUCAGCACAAGGAGAGAGGGUGUACAGGAACACGAAGCUGAAGAUUGAGCUCCUGAUGAGGCCGCAGACUCUCAUCUGCAAGAAUCUGUACCAGGAGACGCUGAGGAAGCAGGAGAUGGAGAGCGCGAUGGGGAUGUCGAUGGAGGAGGAGAAGAUCGCUCGGAUCGUCCUGGUGGACCAGGCGACCGGACUGAAUUUCUUCCACUACGUGCUCCCAGGAAAGAACUUGGUGGGCAAAUCCAGGGAGCAGGUGGACAUCGUGCUGGACUCCCGCGCGUGCUCAAAGAAGCACGGGUACUUGGAGAGGAGGGAAGCACGAUUCUUUGUCGGGGACCUCGGAAGCACCAACGGGACGUUUGUUGGGACUUUCCCCGGGACCUCGUUCCGGAGGGUGGAGCCGGGGGCAGGAGUAGAGAUUGUCGACGGGCAGCUGCUGAUGUUUGCGGACGUGGAGUGUACGCUGGUUGUGCCGGAUGGAAAAGAGGAGCAGAACAUGGCGAGCUCGCUCUCCCUGGACGUCCACGAGCUACAUGGCAAGUUCGCGUCUGUGCAGCACGAGGAGGUGCCGGAGCACCAGGAGCGCGCAGGUCCUGUCGCUCCAGCUGCUGCUAGGCACGAAGUACACGGAGGACAUGGAGCAGAGGAGGAGGAGAGGGGCAGGCCAGGGAAGCAUGACGGAGGAAAGCACGAUGCUCGGCAGAGUUUCGACGUCGACCCUAUGUCGCAUGUACAGGAGAGCGCUAUCCCGGUGCAGGACUCGAUGCACAAGGGAGGAGGAGGAGGAGGAGGAGGAGGAGGAGGAGGAGUGGACUACAGCGAGAUCCGGAAGAUCAUUAGAGAGGAGAUAUCCUCAGUGGCCAUGACGUCAUCCUUGUUCUCCUCGCAGGUCAAACCGGCAGAAAGUGAAAAAAGUGGAACAUGGAACCCUUCGUCCACCAGGGACACGGAGAGGAGAAGAGUGCACAUGGAGGAGGAGGAGGAGGAGGAGGGGGAGGAGGAGGAGGAGGAGGAGGACUGGGACGGCAGGUCCGGGAGAGACGAGCUGGAGACUGGGGACCAGGACCUGUACUCGACUCGUGCCGUCUCCUUCCGGACCUCCAACAGAGAGUCGAAGCACGGCUCUCCUCCUCACCCGCCCUCCUCCGGCCCUGACUACGAGAGGCUGGACACAAGGGGAUACAGCUCUUCCACUGCUCGUCGGUUCCUGAGGGACUCCAACCAGAUCGAGUACCAGCUGGAAGAGGAGGUGCGGCUGGCCGAGGAGCUGAACCUUGUUGAGGGAUACGUGGCCGAGCAUGUCAACGAAGUUCGUGAGGUCCUGGGGGUAGAGAAGCGUCCUGAUCUCGAUCGCAACGUGCCCUCCAGAAGGAAAGGGUUCCUGGCCAAGCAGGAGGAGAGGAGGCUCAAGGUCCUUGAGAUCGCACAAAAGUAUUACAAGAAGCAGGCGCCUUACACGGAGUUCGGCAAUUUUCUUCUUCCUACCGGAGCUCUACACAGGAUCCUUGAGAAGCUAAAUGUCGCACCCUCGUUCUUCCUCCUUGCCAUGACGAGCAAGCCCGUCCGGGAGGCUGUCUACUGCACUGAGGCCUGGACGUCAGUGAACGGGGAGAGGUUUGCGGGGCUGUGGAGCAGCUUGAAGUUAGCUGGGAAGCGAUGCGGGGACGCGCAUCUGCUGCUGAGCGGUAUGGGUCCUCAACGCCUCGGACAUGUCAAGGAGUUCGACCUCUCUGGUGUGAAGAGCAUCACAGACGACUCGCUCGCCAUCAUCGCCGAACAGAGUCCCCAGCUCGAGGUCCUCCUGCUUGGCCGCCGCAUCGACGUCGGACCUCAAGUCACCGACGUUGGUAUCCAAGACGUCGCCGCCUGCUGCUCGAGGCUGAAGGUCCUGGACUUGACGUGGUGCAACAAAGUGACGGACGCGGGGAUCAAGAGCGUAGCUGAGGGAUGCGGAGAGUUACAACAGCUCAAUGUCUCCUACUGCCACCUGCUCACCGACGCUUCCAUCCUUGCGGUCCUGGGAAGCUGUAAGCAUAUGACUGAGCUGCUGGUCGAGUCGUGCGAUCGGAUCUCGGAGCAGGGAAUCAUAAGCAUUGGUCAACUUGGUCCUCGACUCAAGCGCCUCAGCCUCGCUGGAUGCCUUACCGGCACGACUACCAUGUCUGUCAUACAGCUCUCUCGGCUGUGUGAGGCACUGACGAUCAUCGACCUCACUUCUAUCUCAGGGCUGCAGGACGCGGCGAUCUGGCAGCUGUCGCGGGGAUGCAGGUGGCUGCAGAGGCUCUUCCUCGCCUGGUGCGUGCAGCUCUCCGACCACAGCUUCGUGCAGGUAGCGCGGAACUGCCCGUUGCUGGUCGAGCUUGUGGGAAGAGGAUGCGUGAAGCUCUCCGACACGUCAGUCAUGCAGUUAGCACAGAACUGUUCCUAUCUACAAGUGCUGGACGUCAGGGGGUGCAGACUCGUGACUCAGAACGGCCUCGACGCGAUGGCGAUGCUGCUGCCCUCUUGUAUGGUCCUGUACGACGACACGUCGCUCAAGUGA